AUGGAGGAGGAGGCCUCCGCCCCGUCGGGGCCCCGCUCGGCGGUGGAAAAGCUGUCGGAGGCGGUGGGCCAGCGCACGAAAGCACUAAGUAGCGCCCUGCAGGAGGCCAACCGCCAGCGGCGCCUCCUGCUGGUCAUCGUGUGCGUGGCGCUGCUGCUGGACAACAUGCUGUACAUGGUGAUCGUGCCCAUCGUCCCGGACUUCGUGGCCGCCCUCAACGUCGCCGAGGAACGCCUGCAGGGGGCGCAGCAGCAGCAGCAGGCGCCCGCCCCUGCCACCGCCGCCUCCAACAACUCCACGACUGGUGGUGGCCUGGGCUGGUCCCUCAACAGCAGCCGGCCCAUGCUGAGGCCUCGCUACCCGGCCGACAGCGACGACAUCCGGAUCGGGGUGCUGUUCGCCUCCAAGGCCAUCUUGCAGCUGCUGGUCAACCCGCUGAGCGGCACGUUCAUCGACCGCGUGGGCUACGCCAUCCCGCUGCUCAUCGGCCUGGGCGUCAUGUUCCUGUCCACCAUCAUCUUCGCCUUCGCCGAGAACUACGGCACCCUGUUCGCGGCGCGCAGCCUGCAGGGCCUGGGCUCGGCGUUCGCCGACACGUCGGGGAUCGCGCUAAUCGCCGACAAGUACACGGAAGAGUCGGAGCGCAACCGCGCGCUGGGCAUCGCGCUCGCCUUCAUCUCCUUCGGCAGCCUGGUGGCGCCCCCUUUCGGAGGCAUCCUGUACUACUUCGCGGGCAAGAGGGUGCCCUUCCUGGUACUGGCCUUCAUCUCGCUCCUGGACGGCCUGCUCCUCCUGUUGGCCAUCAAGCCUUUCAGCGACAGGUCUCGGGACAACAUGCCCGUGGGCACCCCCAUCUACAAGCUCAUGAUAGACCCCUACAUCGUUGUGGUAGCCGGGGCCCUCACCACGUGCAACAUCCCCUUGGCUUUCCUGGAGCCCACCAUCUCCAACUGGAUGAAGAAGACCAUGGACGCCAACGAGUGGGAGAUGGGCCUCACCUGGCUGCCGGCCUUCAUCCCCCACGUGCUGGGCGUCUAUAUCACCGUCAAGCUGGCAGACAAGUACCCCCACCUCCAGUGGUUCUAUGGGGCGCUGGGCCUGGCCACCAUAGGGGCCUCCUCCUGCAUGGUGCCCGCCUGCCGGAACUUCUGGCAGCUCACCAUCCCUUUGUGUGGCAUCUGCUUUGGCAUUGCCCUGGUGGACACCGCCCUGCUUCCCACCCUCGCCUUCCUGGUUGACGUCCGCUACGUGUCGGUCUAUGGCAGCGUCUAUGCCAUCGCCGACAUCUCCUACUCGGUGGCAUACGCCCUGGGGCCUAUUGUGGCCGGGGAGAUCGUCCACUCCUUUGGCUUCGUGCAACUCAACCUGGGCAUGGGCCUGGCCAACGUGCUUUACGCCCCCAUCCUCCUGGCCCUCAAAAACAUUUGCCAGAUGAAGCCCUCGCACUCGGAGAGGAACAUUCUCCUGGAGGAGGGGCCCAAGGGACUCUACGACACUAUCAAAAUGGAAGAACGCAAAGGCAAGGGCAAACACCUCCACCCGGUAGGGGGCGCUGAAGAGAAUAGCGUAGACUCUUUCCAUAGAGACUUCAGAGGGGCGUCUGAAGAGGACUGUUCAGACUAUGACUAUACUUAG